AUGACGGCCUCACGAAUACCCGAAAGACGUUUGAUGGAUUUUCAAACGGAGCUGACGCAGGUGGAGCAAGUCAUUCCAGUGACACAGAAAUAUGCUUUUGCCAUGGACAUAGUGUCCAUGCUGCUCCCUUCUGCUACCAUGACGCCCUUCAGUUUUUUCCUCAUGAAUCCGAUAGAAGAUAGAGAAAAAGAUGUAGAGGGAGAAGAGAACCUCAGUGUAAUUGCAUCACCUUCGUCAUCGACAACAGGAGACACAUAUAUCAAGACCCCAUUAAGAUCAUCAACGUUAAUAAAUUCGCUUCGCGGAUGUGGCCUUUCCAAUGUUCGCAUUGACACGAAAAAUCUUAGACAAAACCUUACAAUGCCACAAUACCUUCGUUGUGCAAUGCGUGAUAGCAUUCGUCUUCAAGAUCUCAUUACUGAAGAAACUCGUACAAUUGAUUCUGUGGACAAUGAGAUCACCGCAGAGCGAACACCCCUCGUUGUCUUCAUCAAUCCCCGUAGUGGUGGCCGCCAUGGUCCUGUCCUUAAAGAGAGGCUCCAACAUCUCAUGAGUGAGGAACAGGUUUUAGAUUUAGUAGAUGUGAAGCCAGAUGAAUUUAUCCGAUAUGGAUUAAAAUGUUUAGAGAUGCUAGCUGAUAAAGGAGAUACCUGCGCUAGAGAGAUUCGUGAAAGAAUAAGGAUUGUGGUUGCUGGAGGUGAUGGUACAGUUGGAUGGGUAUUAGGAUGCCUUACAGAGCUUCACAAAUAUGGUCGGGAACCAGUUCCUCCUGUUGCAAUCAUACCACUUGGUACAGGCAAUGAUCUUUCUAGGAGUUUUGGAUGGGGUGGUUCAUUUCCUUUCUCAUGGAGACAAGCAAUAAAGAGAACACUUUACAAAGCUACUACUGGUCCAAUUUGUCGUUUGGAUAGUUGGCGAAUUUCAAUUACAAUGCCCGAAGGAACAAUAGUAGAACCACCACAUUCUUUGAAGCAAAUAGAAGGGUGCACUCUUGAUGAGGACAUAGGAGACGAGGAAGGACUGCCGGAGAAAGUUAUAAGCUAUGAUGGCGUCUUUUACAAUUAUUUUAGUACAGGAAUGGAUGCCCAAGUUGCUUAUGGGUUUCAUCAUUUGAGAAAUGAAAAACCGUACCUUGCACAAGGUCCAAUUGCAAAUAAGAUCAUUUACUCAGGUUAUAGUUGCACUCAAGGUUGGUUCCUUACUCCGUGCACAAGUGAUCCAAAGUUAAGGGGACUAAAGAAUAUUUUACGGAUGCAUGUCAAGAAGGUUAAUAGUUCAGAAUGGGAGCGCAUCCCAGUUCCUACAAGUGUUAGGGCAAUAGUAGCCUUGAACCUUCAUAGUUAUGGAAGUGGACGAAAUCCAUGGGGUAAUUUGAAACCAGAAUAUUUAGAAAAGAGAGGAUUUGUGGAAGCACAAGUAGAUGAUGGACUUUUGGAAAUAUUUGGUCUAAAACAAGGAUGGCAUGCAUCAUUUGUCAUGGUUGAACUAAUUUCAGCAAAACACAUAGCUCAAGCAGCAGCAAUUCGAUUAGAAAUUAGGGGUGGUGAAUGGAAAGAUGCAUACUUGCAAAUGGAUGGAGAACCUUGGAAACAACCAUUGAGCAGGGAACACUCGACAUUUGUCGAAAUAAAAAGGGAACCUUUCCAAUCAUUUAUGGUUAGGGGAGACUGA